AUGUCUGUGAGUGAGAAGGUGUCCCUCUCUGAUGCGUUGAGCAACGUGGAUGUCCUGGAUGAGCUAACUCUACCAGAUGAACAGCCAUGUAUCGAGGCGGCUCCAUGUUCCAUUCUCUACCAGGCCAAUUUUGACACUAACUUUGAAGAUCGGAAUGGAUUUGUCACCGGCAUAGCCAAGUACAUUGAAGAAGCUACGGUCCAUGCUAAUCUGAAUGAGCUCCUGGAACAAGGUAACGCGCACGCGGUGAUGCUGUAUACUUGGAGGUGCUGCAGUCGAGCCAUUCCUCAGCCGAGGUCCAACGAGCAGCCCGACAGGGUCCACAUAUAUGAGAGGACCGUGCAGGUGUUGGCUCCGGAGGUCAACAAACUGCUGCAGUUCAUGUACUUCCAGCGCAAGGCCAUAGAGCGUUUCUGCGGCGAGGUCCGUCGCCUGUGUCACGCUGAGAAGCGGCGCGACUUCGUAUCCGAGGCGUACCUCCUCACGCUCGGCAAGUUCGUGAACAUGUUCGCGGUGCUUGACGAGCUCAAGAACAUGAAGAGUUCCGUUAAGAACGACUACUCUACAUACAGACGCGCCGCUCAGUUCCUGAAGGUGAUGUCCGACAGCCAGAGUCUGCAGGAGUCCCAGAAUCUGUCCAUGUUCCUCGCCACUCAGAACAAGAUACGGGACACGGUCAAGGACGCGCUCGAGAAGAUCACUGGGUACGAGGAGCUGUUGUGUGACGUGGUCAACAUCUGCGUGCACAUGUUCGAGACCAAGAUGUACCUGACGCCUUCAGAGAAACACAUGCUGGUGAAGGUAAUGGGCUUCGGUCUAUUCUUAAUGGACUCCGAGGUGUGUAACAUCAACCGGCUGGACCAGAAGAAGAAGAUCAGGCUCGACCGGAUAGAUAGGAUAUUUAAGAACCUGGAGGUGGUACCUCUAUUCGGUGAUAUGCAGAUAGCUCCGUUCAAUUAUAUCAAGCGUUCCAAGCAUUACGACCCCAGCAAGUGGCCGCUGUCGUCGAGCCCCAGCCCGCCGUCCCCGCAGGCCGACCUGAUGGUCCACCUGCCGCAGAUCCGCGACGAGCACCAGGACUACAUCUCGGAGCUGGCUCGCUACAGUAACGAGGUCACCACCACCUUCAAGGAGGCCCCCUCAGACGCUGAGAACCGCGCCGUGAGCGACCUGUGUCUGCGGGGCCUGCAGCUGCUCUCCUCCUGGUGCUCCGUGCUCACCGAGCUGUGCUCCUGGAAGCUGCUGCACCCCACAGACCACGCCACCAACCCGCGCUGCCCGCCCGACGCCGAGGAGUAUGAGCGGGCCACCAGGUACAACUAUACGUCGGAGGAGAAGUUCGCGGUGAUCGAGGUGGUGGCCAUGAUCAAGGGGCUGCAGGUGUUGAUGGCGCGCAUGGAGACGGUGUUCGCGGACGCAGCGAGGAGGGCCAUCUACGCUGAACUACAGGACUUCGUGACGCUGGCGCUGAGGGAGCCGCUCAGGAAGGCCAUCAAGAACAAGAAGGACCUCAUCCGGAGUAUCAUAGUGUCGGUGAGGGAGACGUGCGGCGACUGGGCGCGGGGCUGUGAGCCGCAGCAGGACCCCGCGCUGAGAGGGAAGAAGGACUCCGAGAACAGCUUCACCAUCAAGGUGCCGCGGAGGAACGUGGGUCCGUCAUCAACCCAGCUGUACAUGGUCCGCACACAACUUGAGGCUCUCAUCAGCGACAAGAGCGGCGGGCGCAGAACUCUGCGUAAAGACCUGGACGCGGGCAUCUUGCAGCAGAUAGAGACCUUCCACAGGCAGAGCUUCUACUGGACGUACCUGCUCAACCUGGCCGACAGUCUGGCCAAGUGCUGCGACCUGUCCCAGCUGUGGUACAGAGAGUUCUACCUGGAAAUGACCAUGGGUAGGAAGGUUAACAAGUGUACGGUCCGUCACCAACACAACGAGGAGUGUAACGACCUCAUCACCAUGGAGAAGAGGAUCCAGUUCCCCAUAGAGAUGUCCAUGCCUUGGAUACUUACCGAGCACAUACUGAGGAGCAAGGACCCCUCGAUGAUGGAGUACGUGUUAUACCCGCUGGAUUUAUACAACGAUUCCGCCCAGUACGCGCUGACGGUGUUCAAGAAGCAGUUCCUAUACGACGAGGUUGAGGCGGAGGUCAACCUGUGUUUCGACCAGUUUGUGUACAAGCUGUCCGAACUGGUGUACUCGCACUACAAGCAGUUGGCCGCCAGCAUGCUAUUAGAUGCGAGGUACCGCGCCGAAUGCGCGUCUAGAGGCGCGGGUGCUUCGCCCUCGGCGGGGGGCGCGGGCAGAUACGCGUCCUUACUGAGGCAGAGACACGUGGCGUUACUGGGACGACAUGUAGACCUGUGCGCGUUGGUGGCGCAGAGGAUCAACGCGGAUAUGCACCGCGCGUUAGACGCGGCCGUCGCCAAGUUCGAGGCUGGAGACAUCACCGGUGUCGUGGAGCUGGAGGGUCUAAUCGCCGUCAACCGUCUGUGCCACAAGCUCCUGUCCCGCUACCUCACGCUCGAUGAGUUCGACGCGAUCUUACGUGAAUCAGAUCACGGUGUGUUAGCUCCGUACGGCCGCAUCACGCUACACGUGUUCUGGGAACUCAACUAUGAUUUCCUGCCUAAUUACUGCUACAACGCCGCUACUGAUAGGUUCGUCAAGUGUCGCGGCAUCCAGUUCGCGGCGCCCGUGGUCCGUGAGAAGCCGCAGCAGUUCGGUCACGCGGUGCUGUGGGGCUCCAAGCAGCUCAGUCUGGCUUACUCCGCACAGUACGCGCAGUACAACGGGUUCGUGGGUCCGCAGCACCUGCACGCGCUCGUCCGGCUGCUCGGCUACCAGGGCGUGUCGGUAGUGGUGUCGGAGCUGCUCGGUGUGGCUCGCAUGUUGCUGCACGGGAACCUCGCGCAGUUCACGCGCGCGCUCGCCGCAGCCAUGCCGAGGCACUGCAAGCUGCCCAGAUACGACUACGGAUCAAACGGUGUGUUAGGUUACUACCACGCUCAGUUGACGGAUAUCGUGCAGUACCCGGACGCGAGGACGGAGCUGUUCCACUCGUUCAGGGAGCUCGGGAACAUUAUACUGUUCUGUAUGCUCAUAGAACAGGCGUUGAGUCAGGAGGAGGUGACGGACCUUCUGCACGCCGCGCCCUUCCAGAACAUACUGCCCAGACCAUUUACAGCAGAGGGAGAGAAGCCGGAGACGAAACAGAAGCGACUGGAAGCGAAGUACGCCUCGCUACAGAUAGUACAGAACGUGGAGAAAUACGGAACGGCUAAGCAAAGUCAGUUAUCUCGCGAGGGCGACCUGUUGACCCGCGAGCGUCUCUGCUGCGGCCUGUCGCUGUUCUCGGUGGUGCUCCGGAGACUGAAGGCGGUGCUCGCGGCGCCCGCCUGGCCCGCGCCGCCGCCCUCACAACACACCUACAUACACACGGACGACACCGCGGAGUUCCACAGGUUGUGGUCAGCGCUCCAGUUCCUAUACUGCAUCCCAGUGGGUGACACUCAGUUCACGGUGGAGGAGCUGUUCGGUGAGGGGCUACACUGGGCCGGCUGUACUAUCAUAGCGUUACUGGGGCAGCAGAGACGGUUCGAGGCGCUCGACUUCUGUUACCACAUACUGAGGGUGCAGAGGGUCGACGGCAAGGACGAGCUGGUUAAGGGGAUCCCCCUCAAGCGCAUGGUGGACCGCAUCCGUCGCUUCCAAGUGUUGAACUCACAGAUCUUCAGCGUACUGUCGCGACAUCUAGCGGCGGACGACGAACGGUCGGGGGUCGAACAUGUGAGGUGCUUCCCGCCGCCCGCCGCGCACCACCCUUAG